AUGACACCGCUAAUGUACGCGGUGAAGGACAACAGAACAUCUUUCGUGGAGCGGCUCAUUGAACUCGGCUCCGACGUUGGCGCACGGAACAAUGACAACUAUAAUGUGCUGCAUAUAUCAGCCAUGUACUCGAGAGAGGACAUCGUCAAGCUGCUACUAUCCAAGAGAGGAGUCGACCCGUUCGCCACCGGAGGGAGUCGGCAACAAACCGCUGUACACUUGGUGGCCAGCAGGCAGACCGGUACAGCCACCAGCAUACUCAGGGCACUGCUCACCGCCGCUGGAAAGGACAUCCGACUACGAGUUGAUGGGAGGGGGAAGAUCCCGCUGCUGCUGGCAGUGGAGGCUGGUAACCAGAGUAUGGUGCGCGAGCUGCUCAGCGCGCAGACUGCCGAGCAACUCAAGUUUAACAACCCGUGUGCCACUCAGGCCUGUACCCCUGCGGGGGACACAGCUCUCCACCUGGCGGCCAGGAGACGAGACGUGGAUAUGGCGAGGAUCCUCGUCGACUACGGAGCAGCUGUGGAUGCAGUCAACGGAGCCGGACAGACCGCACUACACAUCGCCGCUGCUGAGGGAGAUGAACCUCUCGUCAAGUACUUCUAUGGAGUCAGAGCAAACGCUGCCAUUGCUGAUAAUGAAGACCGGACUCCAAUGCAUUUGGCAGCUGAGAACGGCCACGCAGCGAUCAUCGAGCUUCUGGCUGACAAGUUCAAAGCAUCCAUCUUCGAGAGAACAAAGGAUGGCAGUACAUUGAUGCACAUCGCCUCACUCAACGGCCACGCUGACUGCGCCAUGAUGCUCUUCAAGAAGGGAGUCUACCUGCAUAUGCCUAAUAAGGAUGGUGCCAGAAGUAUCCACACGGCAGCGAGGUACGGCCACGUUGGUAUCAUCAACACACUGCUGCAGAAGGGAGAGAGCGUCGAUGUCACCACCAACGUAUGUUUUUAA